CUUUGUGUGCACAGCAAAAAAAAAUGUGCAGCGCCAACGAAAACAAUGGUACCACGUCGCCAUCGGUUCUGUCGGAAAAUCCGCGCGACUACGGCAAUAACAUGAAGAUAUUGGAUCCCAACGACCAAAUCAAGGAACUGCAGACGAUCAUCCGCGACAAAAACACCACGCGGAGCGACUUCAAAUUUUAUGCCGACCGGCUGAUCAGGCUGGUGAUCGAGGAAAGCCUUAACCAGCUGCCGUACUCCGACUGUUCCGUUAUCACACCGACCGGUGCAAUCUACGAUGGGUUGCGAUAUCGAUCCGGAAAUUGUGGCGUUUCCAUUAUCAGAUCCGGCGAAGCGAUGGAGCAGGGAUUGCGAGAUUGCUGCCGAUCGAUACGCAUCGGUAAAAUUUUGGUAGAAUCCGAUGCCGAAACGCACGUCGCCAAGGUGGUGUACGCACGAUUUCCAGACGACAUUGCCCGGAGGCAGGUUUUGCUAAUGUACCCAAUAAUGGCCACCGGCAAUACAGUCAUACAGGCGGUCAGCGUGUUGAAGGAUCACGGUGUCAAGGAAAGUUCGAUCAUUUUGUCCAAUCUGUUCUGCACACCGAUAGCGGCCCGGAUGGUUGUGACCGCCUUUCCCGACCUUAAGAUACUAACCUCCGAGCUGCAUCCGGUCGCACCGAACCAUUUCGGCCAGAAAUACUUCGGCACGGACUGAGAGAGUGGGAGAGAGCGACAAAGCGGA